AUGGACCCCACAGAGAAGCCUGCUGAGUGCCCGGCCCGAGGAAAUUGUCCUGUGUUCCUGGCAGUGAGCUCAGGGACUGUCCGCUACGCUCCAUCAGGUCUGGGCCCUGAACUCGAGGGGAACUUAGGAGAGCGGCCCUGGGACACAGACAGCCAGCCUCACCCGGACGAGGGCCACCCGCCACCCCUUGAAGCUGUCCCAGUCCCCUGGAAGAGCGUGGGCCCCUGCAAAAGCCACAGGGAGUCCCUGGGAGGCCUGCCGGAGACCCCUGCAGGGGAGGAAGCCCAAGGCGAGGAGGGCCCUACAACCACCCAGCUGGACGUGUCGCGCCUGCGCAGCUCUUCCAUGGAGAUCCGAGAGAAGGGCUCGGAGUUCCUGAAGGAGGAGCUUCACAAAGCCCAGAAGGAGCUGAAGCUGAAGGAUGAGGAGUGUGAGCGGCUGUCCAAGGUGCGGGAACAGCUGGAGCAGGAGCUGGAGGAGUUGACAGCCAGUCUGUUCGAGGAAGCCCACAGGAUGGUGCGGGAGGCCAACACGAAGCAGGCGGCGUCGGAAAAGCAGCUGAAGGAGGCCCGGGGCAAGAUUGACAUGCUGCAGGCAGAGGUGACAGCUUUGAAGACACUGGUCAUCACGUCUACACCAGCCUCUCCCAACCGCGAGCUCCACCCGCAAUUGCUCAGCCCCACCAAGGCCGGACCCCGCAAGGGCCACUUGCGCCAUAAGAGCACCAGCAGCGCCCUCUGCCCCGCCGUGUGCCCCGUUGCCGGGCACAUCCUCACCCCGGACAAGGAGGGCAAAGAGGUGGACACAACCCUGUUUGCGGAGUUCCAGGCCUGGAGGGAAUCGCCCACCCUGGACAAGACCUCCCCGUUCCUGGAAAGGGUGUACCGGGAGGAUGUGGGCCCCUGCCUGGACUUCACCAUGCAGGAGCUCUCGGCCCUCGUCCGGGCCGCCGUGGAGGACAACACGCUCACCAUCGAGCCCGUGGCUUCGCAAACCCUGCCCGCAGUGAAGGUGGCCGCCGUCGAGUGUGGUCGCACCAAUACAUGUGCCCUGAGUGGGCUGGCCUGCGCCUGUCGUCACCGAAUCCGGCUCGGGGACUCUGAGAGCCACUACUACAUCUCACCGUCCUCCCGGGCCAGGAUCACGGCCGUGUGCAACUUCUUCACCUACAUCCGCUACAUCCAGCAAGGCCUGGUGCGGCAGGACGCGGAGCCCAUGUUCUGGGAGAUCACAAGGCUGCGGAAGGAGAUGUCACUGGCCAAGCUAGGCUUCUUCCCCCACGAGGCUUAG